AUGGCCUCACACACUACUGAUCUCGACCCUCACGCUACCCCUGCGCCCGGCUCACUCAAACAAGUCUACGCGACGUCAUCGCCGUUCGAAGAGAAGAUUGGCUAUUACCGAGCUGUCCGGCAUGGACGACAAAUCUUCGUUUCUGGUACUACAGCCGUCGACCCUGCGUCCCCAAGCGAUGCCCCUCAAAUUCUCUUUCCUGGGGACGCCCGUCAGCAGACACGCGUGGCUCUGCAAGAAUGCAUUCGGGCAGUUCAAGCCCUGGGCGGCAAAGGAGCAGAGAAUGUGGUGCGUGUGAGGAUGUUUGUCAGUCAACACAAAGAUUGUGGAGCUGUUGGGGAAGGAUACACUGAGGUGCUGGGGCGUGCAAGCCAGCCGGGGGUAGGCGCGGCUGCAACUAUGGUUGUAGUGAACGGAUUCGUGGAUGAGAGAAUGUUAGUUGAAGUUGAGGUUGAUGCGAUCUUGGAGGAUUGA